CUCCCAAUUGCUAAGCAAAUUACCAAAUCCUUCACGUUUCUUUUCUCGCGUCGGUACUUCGCUCGAAGCUAAAACCCUAGCGAGCAGGAAAGGAGAUGUCCCGGCCCUUGCCGCCGCCUUCUGCGGCCGUUGGUGCACCAUCGUCGGAGUUGGAGCGGGGGAAGCUGUUCGUAGGCGGCCUGUCGUCGGACACGAGGGAGGAGGCGCUGGCGGACUAUUUCGUGAGGUACGGUGAGGUGGAGGAGGCUGUGGUGAUUAAGGACCGAGUCACCGGGAAUGCGAGAGGCUUCGGUUUCGUAAAGUUCGCUGACCCACAGACCGCCGAGAGCGCGCUUAGGGAGGACAAGAAGCAUGUCAUUCGAGGAAGAACGGUUACAGUGAGAGGAGCUGCUCUUCGAGUUCAUCCGCAUCAGAACCGUGAGUUCCUGAAUCCAGACCGGAAUGGGCAAUCAAUGAGAUCAUUCAACGACAAUGGUGAUAGAAUGUUCCACAAUAUCUACAGCGCGAAUUUGAAAAAGAUUUUCAUUGGAGGUUUGCCAGACAACGUGGAUCAACAGGACCUCAAGAGCUAUUUUGAGAAGUUUGGUUCUGUUGUUGACGCAGUUGUAAUGUUCGAUGGUAUGACGCGACGAUCAAGAGGCUUUGGAUUCAUCACAUUUUCGUCCGAGGAGCCAGUGGCAACGGUGUUACGGAACAGCCACCAUGAGUUGAAUGGCAAACUUGUGGAGGUUAAGAUUGCCAUCCCCAAGGAUGACAGAAAAUAUGCUGAUAACAAGCAUGAUUAUGAUUAUCAUAAUGUGAGAGAGGAUCAAAGAGGUGGAAGAGGACCCUUUUAUGCUCCCUAUCCAGGCUAUCUUUACCCCAACUAUGGAUAUUAUGGACAUGUUAACUAUGUGACACAACCUUUUCCUCCUUAUGCAUAUGGAGGACUAGUUGGAGUAUAUAAUUCCACUGGUCUACAUGGGUUUCAAUAUGGUGGCCUGAUAAGUAUUCCGGCGAAUCCUUGGAGCAAUUCAAAGAGAAUUUCUGAGCAUGGUAUGCAUCCCAACGUUGUUAAGAGGAGCAGCGGAGAUAGCAUGUCAGUUUCUGAUCAUGGCCAUGGGUUAAAUGGCAACAAUGAGAACUAAAGCAGUGCUGACGCUGAAAACCAAAUUGGAGGCAUGGCACAGUAAGAUUUAGAAGAUGUAGAAUGUGGCGCACUGUGAAUUUGGAUUUGUAGAUUUAACCUUGUAAUUUGCUAGGUAAUUUUUUAUUGAAAUUUGUCCUUUAAUUUUGUUAUUUGCAGUAGCUGUCCUUUAACAUUAGAAUCCAACAAUAUACUCUGUGGUGACAACUCAUCUGUGAACCUGUGCUGUUCUUAAUUGUAAUCAUAAUUACUCAGUGACGAAAAAUAUAUGAUUUGUUUCCUGUUAAAUGCUCGAUGCCAAAACUUUCACGGUGAUGGAUGAUCUUCGUUCCUAGAUUUAUAAACCUUUGCCUUACAUCUCAACAAAGCAUUUGAAAUCAAUCAGAAACAGUGUGGUGUUCCAACACGUCUAAGAUCAAAGUUUCCACUGCGCCAUCAACGGAACAAACUUGAGAAGUGAGCGAGGUCCAGAUUUCUGCCUCAGGAAUCUUACCAUGGCUGAUCAUUUCCUCUAACCACAGCACGGCUUCAAAUAUCCUGCCGAUCAAACAGAGCCCCUGGAUUACAUUGCCAAAGACAGCCCUGGUCGGUAGAUACCUCCUCCUCAGCAUCUUCUCCAAAAUCUGCGCUGCCUCAGGGUACUGACGUUCGCCGCACAGGCCAUCGAUCAAAAUAGUGAAUGUUUCCUUCUGUGGUACACAAGCCAACUGCCUCUCCAUCCUGCUCAAGUACUCCACCGCCCUCGUUGACUGCCCCUCCUUGCAUAGUCUGUCCAUGACUAGAUUGUAAGCACGGACAGAUGGAACACAGCCAUUCUCUAUCAUCUCCUUGGACAAUACGUUUGCAGCCUCAUCUGCCUUCCCCUCGCGGCAUAAAGCACCGAUCUUGUCUUCAAAAAUGGACACGGUUGGCCUAAACCCACUUUUGAUCAUUUCAUCGAACAUUUGUUGGGCAUCCACGAGCCUCCCUUCUGCAUACAAAUCCCCGAGCAGAGCUUUGUAGCUCGCCAGGCUCUUGACUCCUCGAACCACCAGCGCCUCGUCGAUUACCUGCUUGACCUCCUCUGCGUUCAGCCCGCUCAGCACAGGUCCACAGAAGGUUCGCCGGCGUUUUGGGGAUUUGAGCCCCUUGAGGAGCACUCUGGUGAGGAUAUCCUCCGCAUCGGCUAUCCGCCCGUCCCGGUGCAACGCCUCGAUGAGAGUCCGGUAAACGACAACGUCGGCGUCACAGCCCUUCUGGGAGAUCCGCCAGAGCAUGGAGAGGAGCAAGUGAUAGGCAUCGUCGAGGCGGCCUGCAUCGCAGAGGCCGCGCAUGAGGAUGCGGUAAGUGUCGCGAUCGGGGUGACAGCAGACAUCUUUGAAAGAGGAGAACGCCUGGAGGGCCGCAUCGGGGCGGCCGGCGCGGCAGAGUGCGUCGAGGAGGAGGUUUAGUGUAUGGUAGCCAAAUUGGACUUCGCGUCUCCCGGCGCACCGCGCGACUAUACCGAGGGCGAGAGUGAGGUAACCGCGGGAGAGGAGGAGGCGGAGAAGGGCAUGGAAGGAACAUGACCAUGAAGGGGAGUUGGAUCGGGGAAGAA